AGCAAGAGGUCAACUGGGGUCAACGACCGUAAGGGCGUGGGACAAAGAUCACAACAGUCAUUGAAUCCAACAUGUGCAUUGACAUGACAGUGUAGGAACUACUAGAAGGACGCCAAUGGCUUCAACGUACUGUAUUGUUGUAUUAUAAGACCAUGUCAACCUCUGGAGAUGAAGAAAUGACGCCAAAGACGAAACAUUCGGAGGAAACCCGGAAAGUUUUGCUCUCGCUUCACGUGAACGUGGCCCUGCACAGCGCCUGUGUUUUCAUGCAGGGCAUCGCUUUUACCUACCUAUCUAAGAAGCUAGAUGUCUCUCCUACUGUGUGGGGCUACCUGAACACCUGCACUGCACUGUGUCACCUUGUUGGCAGCCCCAUCUAUGGAAGGUUUGGGGACCUGUAUGGUGGCAGGCUGGCCCUGGCCCUGUCCUUCCUCUCCAUGUUUGUUACCUGCAGUCUGCUAGCCAUGGCGGACAGUGUGCGCAUGUUGUUCAUCUCUCGGCUACCAAUGAUAUUCAUGCAAGUCAUGCCUGGUGCCCACAUGGUAGUGGCUGAUGCCACAGACGAUGCAUCACGAUCAGACGCCAUGGGGAAAGUCGGGAUGUUCUUUGGCAUUGGUCUUCUCGUCGGACCUGUCUCAGGUGGCUGGCUAUCUGAACACUACAGUGAACACCUGACCUGUGUAGUGGCAGCUGGGCUGUCCUUGUUGCAGGUAGUUCUGGUCAUGAUGUUUGUACCAGCACAGAUGAAACCCGUAAAACAGGACGAAAAUAGGACAAAAGCAGGGACGAGUGUGUUUGAUGUGAGGGAGAUCGCCCGUCUCUGCAGCAUCCCUCAGGUUCAGCAGCUCCUCACCAUCCGAUGCCUGUCCCUGUUUCCCAGCAUGCUCCUCCAGUCCACCUUCCCUAUCAUCAUGGCCAGUACGUUCAACAUGGGACCUCAGGACAGCGGAUUCUUCAUGGCAUACAUCGGACUAGUCAGUAUGCUCACCAUGGGGGUAGGUGUCGGCAUUAUCACCAAGCGGUUCAAUGACCUGACUAUUCUCAGAUGCAGCACCAUGGCCUUCAUAGUGUCCAAUAUCUUCAUGGCAUGUGCUACAAAAAUCUGGCACCUGUAUCUUACUGUAACCCCUGCUGAUGUAGGAGGGGCCACUAUGGGGGUUAUCAUGAACAGCGCACUAACUAAAGUCGUGCCUGCUGAGGACACAGGUGCAGUGAUGGGCCUUAGUGGAGCCAUGCAGCACCUUGUCCAUACCAUAGCACCCAGUAUAGGGGGGUGGCUUCUAGAACAUUAUGGCUUCCCAUAUAUAGGAGUCCUAGCAGCAGCUUUAAACACUGCUUUAGUCAUGUACCUAUUCCUUGGAAAUAUUUCAAAAAGUUUUAGUUAUCAGAAAGAUUCAUCUGGUACUACUACAGUAUGAAAACUGUUACUGCAUGCAGUGCAAUUUCAUAAAAAAUGUUGUUUUGAAAUAAUCAUGGUAUUAAAGAAUUUUUAGGAUAGAUUACCAGAGAAGGUGUUCAUAUUUUAUGCAACAAAGUUUUGAAUUGAUAAGUAUUAUUUUAUAUAUGCAUUUUGAACAAUAUUUUAUCAGUCAAUACUAUUCCAAAAUGAAUUAGUCUUAAUUAGAAAUCUCCAAGCUUGUUACAUUUAAUUGAUCAACAACAGAAAAACAAUAUUCAAAUUUUUUCAUGUACCAAAAAGGUUUGCUUCUAUCAUUCUGUCCAGAAAAGACAUUAAAUCCUUCAAAUAGUUCAAUUAGAAAUAGAUUUAGAAUAGUUCUUAUUUCACUUUUAAUUCAUGUAUUUCAUUUUUCAUUUGCUGUGUGAGUUAUUUUAUUCUUGAUGUGUAUAAAA